UGUCGGCCCCGAGCAGAUGCUUUGACUCCAGGCAAGUUUGCAGUUGGCCUUCAGGCUGGCACUCCCAACUUAACCCACAAAAUUAUUCUAAUUAUAUUAAGAUCUUGAAGCCUCCAUCUUGCCCCCUUUUGUUUUUCCCAAUGUACCCCCAUCCCAAAGCAGCAGACGGCCGUCACCUCAGGUGGUCACACGUGAUCCCAGCCUAAAGCCAUCAAGAGCAUCACUUCAUCUCGUGAACGGCAUCAGCUGGAGAAUCCCAACCCAGGUGUCCGUAAUGUCAAAUUCCAUUGGAAAUUUAACAGAAAUUACAGUUUAUGGAUCCCGAACUGGAAUGCAGGAGGACUCCCUCACCAUCUUGGAGCGAAACAGAGAUUCCGGGGAAGAGUGGGAUCUGGUGGAGGCCAAGACAAGCAACAUGCCGGGCCUCUACCUGCCCUGCUUUGACAUGCUGGCCAUGGAGGACGCCGCUUGGCUGGUCAAGGUGUCCGAGGCCUCCCCAAACGUGACGCGCUUGGAGCCUCACCGAGAGGAGCCGGAGCAGUGCCCUGUCAUCGACAGCCAGGGUCAAGGACUCUCCCCGGGCAUGGAUGGCCCCGAGGAGGAACGUUCUCUGGAGCAAGUGCAGAGUAUGGUGGUGGGCGAGGUGCUGAAGGACAUCGAAACGGCCUGCAAGCUGCUCAACAUCACGCCAGACCCGAUGGAGUGGAACGUGGGCAAUGUUCAGAAGUGGCUGCUGUGGACGGAGCACCUGUACCGACUUCCUCACGCAGGGAGGACCUUCCACGAGUUGACGGGGAAAGACCUAUGUGCCAUGAGCGAGGAGGACUUUCGCCAGCGCUCACCGCAGUGUGGGGACACACUACAUGCACACUUAGACAUUUGGAAGUCAACUGCCUGGAUGAAAGAAAGGUGCACAAUUGGAGACAACAAAAAUCCAGGUGCUGAGGACCUUUGGUCUGAGGCAGAUUCUUCUUGUUCAGGUCAACCGAUCCACUUGUGGCAGUUCCUUCGAGAACUUUUGCUCAAACCUCACAACUACGGACGCUGCAUCCGCUGGCUCAACAAAGACAAAGGUAUCUUUAAGAUUGAAGAUUCAGCCCACGUGGCACGUCUGUGGGGUCUGAGGAAGAACCGGCCGGCCAUGAACUACGACAAGCUGAGCCGCUCCAUCCGCCAGUACUACAAGAAGGGUAUCAUCCGCAAGCCCGACGUCUCUCAGAGGCUUGUGUACCAGUUUGUGCACCCCGUGUGAUGCAAAAAAAAAAAAGCACAAAACUCUCCAUCCGCCCUGCGACCUGUGGGUGUGUGCUCAUGGUCUUCCACUCAGGCAUGGACCAAACAAUGAGGACGGUCUAAGACAACAACUGGGAGUUAAUAUUGUCAGAAGCACAUACUGCCUGUUUAUUUUUGCCUUUGUUUUUUACUUAGGGAUUUUGAGUUUGAGAGCACGUUGAAGAGUGAUUUGCACUUCUGCCUCACAGUUCAGAGGUUCUGGAUUCAAAUAUCAGCUUGUUAUGUGGAGUAUGCAUAUUCUCCCAUCGUUUGCAUGUUUUUUCUUCCCAUACCCCCCAAAAAUGUACAUAUCAGGUUCAUGAAAGACUCAUAAUCAUCCACGCUAAAGGUGUGAAUGUAAAUGGUUGUUGUGUAUAUACAGAAUAUGCUUUGCAAUUGUCUGGCGACCACUUAAUGAUGCAUUUUGCAUCUCUCGCAAAUUAAACUUUACACGAUGAAUAACAAAAACAAGGGGGGGGGGGUAAUCAUGCAAGUCGACAAAGUAAAAAAUAUAUAUAUUUACUGUAUAUAUAUGUAUAAAAUGCUCACUGUGUUGGUGUCAAUAACAAAUAAUUACAUAUACAAUGCCAGAGACACAGCAAGUCAGGAAAGGUGAAAAGUAAGCUCAAGCCCAAUGUUUUGUUUGAGUUGUUGAUCAGUUGUCUUGAUCAAAUAUCUGGUUCAUGAAUGUCACCAUUUUAAAAGGGGUUUGAACAGUGGCGCUUCCAUUUUGGUUCAGCAUCAGAGCAAGGUUUCAUUUGUUUUCAUUACUUUCAAUGUCUCGUGGCAGGUUGGAGGCGUUUUUAACAUGGGACUCCAAGUAAGUACUCAUCGAAAACUUUAUUUUAUAAUCUCGUCAUUCGAUUUGAUUUUGAUUUGAUUUGACUUUUUAUUUGGUCUCCCAUAGGAGAAACUUGUCUUGGAAGACAGGCCCCCCAUGCCGCUCCAUACAUUGAGCAGUACAUACAGUAUACAAUACAUUCCUAUGAUCUUAUAAUGAAGCACAAAAUGGGGGUCACCUCUGUGAAAUCUCUGAGUGUCAUCAUUAAUAAAGUGACAACAGGUGA